GGAGCGACAUACUUCAAGCUAUCCGAGUCCAGGAUCCUUUAGCUUGUGAAAACUUGUAUCAAAGAAUUACCUCUGCAUCAUGUCUGAUUCACCUCCCGAUUACUUUGACCAACCUUCUUCAACCUCAUAUCUUGGCACUGAUCAAGACUCUUUCGAGGACUCGGUGUCUGCUCGCAGACAUGGUUUCUAUUCAGACCGUACAGAUUUCCUGACGUACCAUCCAAAUCGUUCAGUGCCAUCUCUACCAUCUCAAAGACUGGUCGAAUAUGAAGGAGAUAUACCCAUACCUGCCAUACCAACUAUGGAUGCUUCUCUGGUUGGCGCCAUGAAUAAUAUACGUCUAAGCGACCCUGUCCCACGAGGUGCGAGUGCGAUGUCGUUCAGGUCUGAUCCCGACCCACGUGUAGGAACUUCUGCGAUGCAUACCACCUCCCCCACCCAGCGCAUGCCCUCCGAAACUGGGUAUAUGAAUAAUUUAUCCCCUGAUUACAGUUUAUAUCUUGGGCCCCCUCAUGCAGCUGAUGUUCAUACCGAUGGCGCCGCUCUGCCUUCAACGGGUUUGAACUAUUCUCACCAGCAUUUUCGCACAGGAUGGCAAGCUCAGACAAUGGUUCAACCAGCACCUCCGCCAAUGGGUGACUACAACUAUUUGUAUGCGGCCGCGUCAGAUGUUUUGGGUGUGGGCCCGCCUCUUGGUGCUUCCUCUUUACCAUAUAACCCAACUUCAUUUCAAGCCAGCCAUAACCCCCCCACUGCUAGCCAAUUGUCUCUUCCAUCGAGUCAAUCCUCUCAAUAUUUCGGACAACAAGGGAAUAACCCGUAUCAUGGGGGUGCCACUCUAUCGCAGUAUACCAACGAGCCGUCCUCUGCUCAGCUGGCCAUGCAAGGGCUUGAUGAUCCUGAGUUCGAGCUACGGCCAUCAUUACAGCGAUCUGGUACCACUGCCUCAGUCAAUCUUCGUACGAGAAAAACUAAAGCAGUCGAUUUGUCUGCCCCUCCAUUCACUAAAGAGUAUAUCGAUCAGUACCGCCAGAGGAUUAAAGCAGACCCUGAUCCCGAAGCUCACUUCUUAUACGCUAAAUAUCUUAUCGAGGCAGCCAAGAAAAUAGGCUCCGAUGCCAAAGAUCAGCGUACAGUCAAAAAAUAUCGUGAUUUUCUCAUUCAAGAGUCACUCAAAGUGAUUCGACGUUUGGCGACUCAGGCAGAAGCUUACGACGAAGCACAAUUCUUUCUUGCUAAUUGCUACGGAACUGGUAUGCUCGGUCUUCAAGUCGACCAUGAGCGUGCAUACCACCUUUAUUUACAAGCUGCAAAGCAGAAUCACGCCGCCGCUUCUUAUCGUGUUGCUGUAUGCAACGAGAUAGGGGCUGGCACCAGGCGCGAGCCACCUCGAGCAGCUGCAUUUUACCGAAAAGCUGCUUCGUUAGGCGACACUGCUGCUAUGUAUAAACUAGGGAUGAUCCUUCUGCUGGGUUCGCUUGGAGAGCAGAAGAAUCCACGAGACGCAAUCAAUUGGCUUAAACGCGCGGCAGAGCAAGCGGAUGAGGAGAAUCCCCAUGCAUUACACGAAUUGGGUCUAUUGCAUGAAGCCCCUAAUUCCCAGCUGGUGGUAUAUGAUCCAGCGUACGCCAAAGCCUUAUUCACACAAGCUGCGCACCUAGGAUAUUCGCAGUCGCAAUACAAACUCGGGCAAUGUUUCGAAUAUGGCGCCCUUACAUGCCCUGUAGAUCCUCGACGCUCAAUCGCUUGGUACACAAAAGCAGCUGAGAAGGGAAAUUCUGAAGCUGAGCUAGCGCUCAGUGGGUGGUACCUAACUGGAAGUGAAGGUGUUUUAAAGCAAAGUGAUUCUGAAGCAUAUCUAUGGGCCCGCAGGGCAGCAAACAAAGGUUUGAAUAAGGCGGAGUAUGCAGUAGGCUACUAUGCCGAAGUUGGUAUUGGUAUCAAACAGGACGUUGAGUUUGCCAAACGCUGGUAUAUGCGGGCCGCAGCUCAAGGAAAUAAGCGUGCAAUGAAUAGACUGACAGAGAUGAAGCGAAUGGGUAAUAAGCGUUCCAUGGCUCGUCCAACUCGACAACAGGCCAAGGAUGAAUGUACUAUUUGUUAGUCAAUCAUGGCGGUAGUUCAAGCGUUCUUACACCAUUGUCAACGUUGGAAUAGUAUCGCUGCUAAUAGAAAUUGGGACAGUGAGCAUACUGCUCAAUUACUCACCGGGUCUUUUGUGUUCCCUUGCUCAAGCACAUUAUAAAUCAUAGAUAAUGUUCAAAGUGCUACAGCUAAAUUCAUAAUGAUACUGUCGUCGACAUUUAUU